CGCUACGCGAAUCCAGUUGCUCGCGAGCAUCCGUCAGUGUUUGAACAUGGCAUCUCGUCGUUCGUCCGAAAGCACAAGUGCUCUUUUCUCCCCGCGCUUUGCGCUUAUAGCGCUCGCGAUACUUUUAUUCAUAUCCGAGUUUGCUGUCGCUAAAAACGAUCAUGGUCUUAAAGUCGAUACUGUUUAUAAACCAGAAGUCUGCGAUGUCCGCUCGAAAAAAGGCGACCAGCUGACCAUGCACUAUACUGGCACACUUCAAGACGGUACCAAAUUCGAUUCAAGUUUGGACAGGCAACAACCAUUCACUUUUCAGUUGGGCGUUGGCCAAGUGAUUAAAGGAUGGGAUCAAGGUUUGUUAGACAUGUGUGUCGGCGAGAAAAGAAAGUUGGUCAUUCCCCCGGAACUUGGUUAUGGUGAUACUGGAGCCGGAAAUGUUAUACCUGGAGGUGCCACUUUAACGUUCGACGUUGAGCUGAUCAACAUCAGUGAUUCGCCUCCAACCGCAAACGUCUUCAAAGAGAUCGACGCUAACGACGAUAAGCAACUCUCCCGCGAGGAGGUGAGAGCAAUGGUCAGUGAAUAUCUAAAGAAACAAAUGAUCGAAGCGGAACAAGGUAGUCCCGGUGACAACGAAGAAAUGAAAAAGAUGCUGGCCGAUCAUGACAAACUCGUCGAGGAGAUUUUCCAGCACGAGGACAAAGAUAGGAAUGGUUUCAUAUCACACGAAGAAUUUAGUGGACCUAAACACGACGAGCUUUGAAGAUUUUUCAAUUGUUUUCAUUUCUCGAGCAACGCGCGUCUCCUCCCGAACGUCAUCAUCUUGUCUUCCUGAAUGAAUUUUUUCUCAAUGAUGAAUUAUCUUCGCAUAUACGAGAGAAGUCAAAAAGUGUAACGCAUCAUCAACCAAAAAAAAAAAGCAGACACAAAUUUAAAUUCCCGAAGAAAUAUUUGUUCGUUCCGACGUAACACGUCGCGCGACGCCUGAGAGAGACGAUUCUAAUCAUCUAACCGUCUAAGUACAUUUUUGCUCGAGUGAUCGCAUUACGAAUAUGCAUAUUACUUAUGAAUGAAUAAAAUAAAUAAAUAUAUAUAUAUAUAUAUAUAUAUAUAUAUAUAUAUAUAUGCGUGUACGCGUGCGUGCGUGCGUGCGUUGCGUGUGAGUGAAUGUACGCGCCUGUGAGUGAUCAAAAGAAAGUGUCUUUUUUCUACACGAUCGUAAAUGUUUAGCAUUAAUUAUAUGGAACAGUAAUAACGCAACAGUAUAUGAUAUAUCGAACUCUAUCGUCGAAAGAUAUCCGCAAACUGUCCACGUUUUUUCUCUUCGUUAUAAUUUAUAACAAUUUUUGUGUUUAAUCGCAUUUAUCAAAUGUUACGAUUACGUUACGUCUUUUCUAAUUACUUGAAAAUUGAUAAUUAAUUAAGUCAUUAGAAGAAAACAUAUAGGAUAUUAAAUAAUAUAAGCGUACAAAAAUAGAAAAAACCAACUGUACACUGUACCGUCUCGUCAAUUAUUACACGUCAUAUCUCUCUAUAUUAUACGUUGUACUUACAAAUAAAUUUGGAAUAUUUACCAAUCAAUUUCAAGUAGGUAGAAAAGAUUUGGAGAUAGCACACGAUUUAUAUCGUGAAAGGAGUUUUCAUCGUUUUUUACCGUCAAAGUUUAGCGAAGAUCGAAAGUGGAUAGUUCGUGGAAUCGUCUGACCUUCUCCCUUAAAGUUCUCUUCGAUCCAUUUUCAACAGUGCACACAUUAUUCAAUUCUUAUUACACUUAUGGGAAAAAAAAAAAAACAAGGGUAACAAAUAUCUCGAGAAUGUGAAAAAUAAUCGAACGUGACCAAUUAGGUUGCGAAGCCAAACCCCGUCGUCGCUAUUAUUAUUGUAUUGUAACAAAUAUGUUUUUAUUAUUACAUUAUAUUGUAUGUUGUUAAAGUUGGACGAAGGUUAUAAUAAUAAAUCGUGUGUCUUGAGCACAAUUUGUUAUA